CACCUUAAAAUGAUUCAAUCAUUUUUGGAUAGCUUAAAAGAUCCACAGCGACCACUUCUUGCUCCAAAUUACUGGAUUCUUAAAAGAAUUGGUCUAAUUUUACCCGAAAACAAAAUAAAUAAAGUUAUUUGCGUGAUAAUUCAUGAAUUAGUAACGGUUUUUGUUAUUACACAAUACAUGGAGCUGUAUUUGAUAAGAUCAGAUUUGGAUCUCGUAAUCACAAACCUGAAAGUAUCAAUAGUUAGUUUUAUAUGUAUCGUAAAAACAAACACAUUUGUCUUUUGGCAGUCAAGUUGGAAAGAAGUUAUUGAUUACGUAACUGAAGCUGAUAAUAAUGAACGUCAAGAUUCCGACACGGCUAUGUGCCACAUUUUGAGCUCAUAUACAAAAUACUGCCGUCGCUUGAUAAAAUUUUACUGGAUCCUUUUAUUGAGCACCUUCUUCUGUGUAACGGGAACUCCUCUCAUAAGGUAUCUCUCGUCGUCAAAUUAUCGCGAUGCCAUUAGUAACGGGACCGAGCCUUUUCCGCACAUAUUCAGCGCUUGGGUACCUUUUGACAAAUACAGUUUCCCUGGCUCUUGGGUAAUGGUAUGUCUUCAUAUUGUCAUGUGUGCAUAUGGCGCUAUGAUUAUGGCAGCGUACGAUACGAUAGCAAUGGUGACCAUGGUAUUUUUUGGAGGCAAGCUGGAACUGUUGCGUGAAAGAUGCAAGAAAAUGUUUGGCUGCGAUGGCUUGGGUGUUACUGACGAACAAGCUAGAAGAGCGCUUCGUGACGUGCAUAUCGUGCAUGUACAUUUAAUGAAGUAUUCGAGAUUAUUUGACUCUUUAUUGUCACCGGUAAUGUUUUUAUACGUAGUAAUGUGCUCGUUUAUGCUUUGUGCGAGUGCGUUUCAGCUCACCUUAGCGACCAACACAACGCAGAAACUGUUGAUGGCACAAUACUUGGUUUUCGGAAUAGCACAACUAUUUAUGUUUUGUUGGCAUAGUAACAAUGUUCUUGAACAAGGCAACCAAGUGAUGAUGGGACCCUACGAAAGCGAGUGGUGGGUAAUAGGGUCAAAACAAAGAAAGGAUGUUCUCAUUCUAACCGAGCAGUUAAAAAUAUUCCAGGCGUACAGCGCGGGGCCAUUCAAUAAACUGACCCUUUCGACAUUUAUAACAAUCUUAAAAGGUGCCUACAGCUACUACGCACUCUUGAGGAAUUAGAUUCGGUUAGGUACUACAAUCAAUCACAAAAUAAUCAAUUUAGUAUUUUUUUGUUAUUGUAUUAGACGCUCAGAUAAUACUUUAUUACUCGAAUAUACAAUUAAUACUCUAGUAGACACUAGACACUCACUCUAUACUUUGUAGGUACUUUGUAGUUGUUCGC